GAGGGAAUACUCAUAUUUCAUUUAUUUUUGUUUCAAAUCGAAAUCACAGCGUAUAACUCAAAUCAAACAAAAUCAACGAUGCAAAGAGGCAAAGAAUCGGCGGUGUUGAGAAUAAUUCCGGCGUAGUAGUGGAGAACAGCUCCGAUACUUGAGGAUGAUAACGCGAUCGAAGUUGGCGGAGCAGCUUAGAGAGUAUCAGACUCGAUCCAAGCACGAUUGGCCUUCCUUUUCCUUAUUCUCCUCCACCUCCAAUCUCGCCUCUUCUAGGGUAGAUGUUGCAAUCUUUGUCAUAUGGGAGCUUGUCAUUUUAGCAAUCUUCGUCUUCUCAGUUGUUUCGUUAUAUUUUAGGCAUUUAAGGCUAGCUGUGCUUUUGCUGUGUAUUACACUAGUAUCGGUUUUAUGUAUGAAAAUCACAAAGCAAGUUAGACUGGCUCGGAAGAAGCAGCGGAGGAUGCUUUUACCAUUGUCUAUGUAGCCUGUCACUUCUCUGGAAACUUUUCUCAAAAGAAUCGACUCUUUAAAUUUUCCUGAGGAAGUGCUUUCUGGUCCGUAGCGUUUCGUUUGAUUGAUUUAUAUGGAAUGUAAUACUAUCACUUGAAUCUUGCUGAUUAGGAAAUGAAUUUAGUAAAUCCUCUUGACACA